GGUAGGAUGAUAAAUAGAGAUUUAAGUUUUGAAAUUUCGUUAAACUGUGUUUUCGUUAAUAUUUUGAAUUUAAAUGGUCGAAUCGAACACUCGACACUGUGAAAAUUAGUUACUUUAAAUUUAAAGUUAUCGCUUUAUACAAUGCAGUGCAUAAAAUUUCUUUCAGUGCCUAAAGAUUAAGUUGAACAUUUAAAUGCUUAAUACAUUGCAAAUUAAAGUUACGAGUUAAAUAUAGUUUGAUAUAGUUUUUAUAUUACGAGGUAAAGUGACGAUUUACACAGUUUUGUCCGACUGUAGAAAGGGGGAAACUUCUCAAUUCAACGUAACGAAGUAGUCAAAAUGACUACCUUCGCUGUUAAAUCCGACUUGGAUGCCGCUCACGCCUUAUUAGAUCUUCAAAGUGAUUAUCGUGAAAAUCAUUAUGGUCAUGUCGAGAGACAUUCUCGUGGAGCGGAAAAUAUUGAAUCAACGUACGCCAUUGCAAAAUUAUUGAACAGUCUUAUUGGAAGCAAGCAGGUACAUCAUCCUCAUUCGAGUACACCAAAGAACAAAUACCUACCGAAACGCUUGAAAGAAUGUACAAUAGAGAGGAAACCUACGCCCACGAAAAGAGUUUGCCAUCAGGGUACUCAAACGGAUUUUGAAUUACAUUUACCGGAAAUUGAAAAAAUGGAGUCCAUUAUACAAGAGCUCUGUACUAAAAUAGAGAAUUUAGAAAGCCAACUUAAAACACAAAAUCCUGAAAUAUCAUCCAUAUCUGCUUCCUAUGAAGCUAUGUCGGAUAUUUCAAGUGAAGAGUACUCAGAUGUUCAAAGCACGCGAAAACCUCACAAACGGAAAAUAAAUCUGACAUUUAGUGAUUUAAGUCCCAUUGGAGGUUAUAAUUCAAAUUACAAAGAACGCGAUAAUUCUCUAGAACGUGACGUAAAACCUUGUAGAGAAAACAAGAGAUUUCUUAAACCCAAGAAUAAUAUUAAAUGUAACAACGACUUGGUGCCUAUCGGUGACGGCAACGCAGAAGUGCCAUCAAGACUGUUAAAAAAUAUGGACUGGACCUCUUACACGACUGCUACUCGAAAACUGUUGACCGCAGUGUUUUCACGAACGGUCCUCGCAACUCAUUCACUGACGGGAAAACCAUCUCCAGCGUUCCCGGAUAAACCUGCUAAAAAGAAAUUAGAUCCAGUGCUCGUGAGCGAUAUUGUUCAAACUGUAGUCGAAAGAUGCCGUGUCCCGGAAAAUGUUGUACGAACAAGUAUUACAACGAAAUGCGCCGAUGAAAGCAAAAUGUUUCGGACACGUCAGCAGAAUAAAAAGAAGCGGAAGUCUGCGAAGAAGGAAAAUAUAUCUCCCUCCGAUGAUUCAGACGACUCAUAUUUAUCCAAUUAAAAAUAAACUGUUAAUCCUAGACAUGAAGGAUGUUGAGAUAAAUUGCGUUGUUCUCGCAAAACUGCGAUCGAUAUCAGGACGGCUCGUGACACCAUCGGCUUGCCUACUCCCAGCGCUGGGCUCAAGCUUGCAAUAGGGAAAAUGCCGAAUGGACAAAAGUUAGCGGCAUCUGCUUGGAAUCGACUUAAUUAAUUGGCUGUGAUAAAUAAUAAUUAUUAAAAGCAAUUCAUGUUUACUUCUUUAAAUAAACUUUGAUGGAAUAAU